GGCGACUGGGGCUCUGGGGAUUUUGAGAGCAGUGAGGAUGAACCGCCCCUCACAGCCGCGUGGGGAUUUCCCAGGAGGCCCUGCUCAGUUGAGUCACCCAAGUCCUGUGUUUGACCUGUGGUCUUCUGGAGCGGCAGAACCUCGCUGAGCUUCUGGAGGAGGAGAAGGUUUUCUGCUGCCCUGAGAUCACAGUGUCGUAUGCAUGCGAGACUUUGCCAUGGGGAAUGGCUGUUACAACAUGGUGGUGACUGUGCUGUUGGUGGUGGGCGCUGAAAAGACAAGAGCCCUGCGUGAUUCCUGUGAGGAGUGUGAAGCCGGUACCUUCUGCAAGAAAGAAAAUCCGGUUUGUACCAGCUGUCCUCCAAGCACCUACUCCAGCAAGGGUGGACAGCCAUACUGCAACAUCUGCAGAGUGUGUGAAGGUUAUUUCAGGUUCAAGAAGCCUUGCUCCCCGACCAGCAACGCAGAGUGUGAGUGCACAGAGGGACUCCACUGCUUGGGACCAAAGUGUGCCUGGUGCGAAAAGGACUGCAAGCCGGGUCAAGAGUUAACAAAUCAGGGUUGUAAAAACUGUGACUUUGGGACAUUCAAUGAUCAGAGUGGUGGUGGCACCUGCCGACCCUGGACAAACUGCUCUCUGGACGGAAAACUUGAGCUUAAGAAGGGGACCAAAGAGACGGAUGUGGUCUGUGGACCCACUCCAGUCAGCUUCUCUCCGGGUACCCCUACCACCACGGUGCCUGUCUCGGUGAGAAAACCAGGUGAAGGAGGGCAACCCCUACAGGUGCUCACCUUGUUGCUGGCGCUGACAUCGGCCAUGCUGCUGUUCCUGCUCUUCGUCAUCCUCGGGCUCUUGGUGGUCAAAUGGGGUAGAAGGAGGUUCCCCUACGUGCUCAAGCAACCAUUCAAGGUGGCAAUUCCAAUGGCUCAAGAGGAAGACGCUUGUAGCUGCCGAUUUCCAGAGGAGGAGGAAGGAGGCGGCUAUGAGCUGUGAUGUGCCAGCCAGGAGAUGUGGGGGGUCCCUCAGGAAAAGUGUGAAGCAGCACAAGGACCCCACUGUCCUUUCUCAAACACCAUCCUAGACAAUAUAUAGGCAAGCACCCCCGCCCAAACCUCUUGUAAUGCUAAAGUAUUUGUCUUUACCACCUUAAAGUUAUUUUUAUUUUUAAACUU